AUGGGGAAGCGCAAAUCGCCCCGGAAAGCUUCAGACCGCGAGAAAAAAUGGGAUGAAAUUUUCAACGCGCUCGUAAAAUUAUCCAAGAAUCUGCAGACGGAGAGACAAUUUCUUGAAGAUAGGAUCAAAUACUUGCACGAAGUCAUUCAUAAGAUGAAGAUGGAUCAGAAAUUUGAGGCUUCGAGAGCUGAAUUCUUUCUGGGUUUGAAGGAGAGGGAGGCUUUCGUGUACAAGCAUAGAUAUGAGAAUGUCGACAGUGAACUAGCAGAUUUCAGACAAUGGUUUGACUACCUCGUGCAGAAAUGUGAGGAGCCUAAGGAUGAUGUUAGUAGUAAAGGGGAAGGCUCGCGGAACAAGGCACUUCAAAACGAGGUGAAGAAGCUGAAGUGCGAAAUCGAGAAAUGUAAGUCGGAUAAGAACACUGAGAUUUCCGCUCUCUUGGCCGAGAAGAAUUUUGUUUGGCAUCAACUGAAGAAAACGGAGGACGAUUUGAACAAAGAAAUAAAGAGGAAAGACGAAGAAGUCAAGCAAGCACAUGAAAGGCUUCGUCUCAUUGUAAACGCGUCAACGGAAUUGCAGGUCUCGCAUGAAGAAUUAAGAACCGAUUUCUCCAGGCUGGAGUCGGAUUCGGUUCAAAAGAGUGAGGAAAUAUCGAGACUUUUGAAGGAAAUUGAUCUCCUCAAAUCCAGGUCCGAGUCACCUUCAACUUUGUUGCAUCCUUGUAGGGCAUCAGAAAGGAGAGGAAAGAAUAGGGGUGGUGAUACCAGUAAUGGAGGAGGGGUUAUAAAAGUGAAAAAAGAAGCAGAUAACUCACGAAGCUCUGGGAAGAUAUCUCAGACAAAGAAAACUGCUCGUACGUCGGCUGGAGGAAAGGCUCCCAAAAAGCAAUUCACGACGGGAAGUACGAGCAGUAGCAAUAGUUCAAAGAGGAAAGCUGUUGAAGUUAUUACGAUUUCAGAUUCCCCGAGAUUGUUCACGUCCAAUUUCAAAGUUCCUAAGUUAAAGCCUUCGGCAUCUCCGAAAAUUGAUUGA